UUAACAAUAAAAAGAUAAUUAACGUAAAUUAGAUAAAAAUUGAGAAUUUCUAUUUCGAGAACGUUCAGUAAAUAAUAAUAGACGAGAAUUUACAGAGAGCGCUAACGUCUAAGUGCGAUGACGCUUUCAGUUAGUCACUGAUUAUUAUCAACACACGUGCGGAAUGAUGUUUCUCUGCAUAGAAGAAGACGUGAUGCUUAUAAAAUUUUCUUUAUAUGACAAAUAGUGCAAAUCGCGAUUAUUUUUCAAUGAGAAAUGAUAAAAAACUAAUUUUAAGAUACACAUAACUAACCGAAAAUGAAUAUUAAACUAUAGAGUAUCUUACAAAUGGAAAUGACUGUUGUGUAUUCAGAAAACGAGUGAUUUGACUGUGACUGUUGGAAAACUUGAAAUAAUAAUGGAGUGUAUAGUGGCAAACGUAGAUAAUAUGCGAUUUGAUAUUGAAGUUGCUCUCGAUGAACAGUAUGGAGCUCUUCCUUUACCUUUUACAGGAAUGGACAAAUCUACUGCUGCAGUAUGCCAAUUUUAUCCAAGAGGAACUUGUGUUAAAGGAGCCUCUUGUCCAUUUCGGCAUGUAAGAGGAGACCGUACAAUUGUAUGCAAACAUUGGUUAAGAGGCCUUUGUAAGAAGGGUGAUCAAUGUGAAUUUUUACAUGAAUAUGAUAUGACAAAAAUGCCAGAAUGUUACUUUUAUUCUAGGUUCAAUGCUUGUCACAAUAAGGAAUGCCCAUUCUUACACAUCGAUCCAGAAACAAAAGUUAGAGAUUGUCCUUGGUAUGAUAGAGGGUUCUGUAGACAUGGACCACUAUGCAGACAUCGACACGUCCGUCGUGUUUUAUGUAUGGCAUAUUUAGCUGGGUUUUGUCCUGAUGGUCCAAAUUGUAAAUUCAUGCACCCAAGAUUUGAAUUACCAGCGGUACAAGAUAUGCAGCCUAAAGAGGGUAAAAAGGUAAUGAUUACUUGUCAUUUUUGUGGAGAAGGUGGGCACAAAGCUAUUUAUUGUAAUAAAAUGCCACCUGAUGUGCGUGAAGCUCAAGUUAGACAAGAAAUAGAAGGUAAUUCUCAUGCAGCACAUCAUAUGAAUAUGCACAAUGGACCUCCUCCGCGGGGUCCUCAAAAACCGCUCGAAGAAGUAACUUGUUACAAGUGUGGAACUAAAGGUCAUUAUGCAAAUAAAUGUCCAAAGGGACACUUAGCAUUUUUAAGUCAUGCUGGGGGUAGUGGAAGUGGAACUCAAAAUCAAAAUUAUCGCAGAUGAUUUUACUUAUUUUAUUUACGUAAGAUCGAUAUUGUGAUUCUAUUUUAACUCGAUAAAAUCACUCACCUGUAAAAAUUUCUAUGUCAUAUAGUAAAAUAAGUUUAAUACAAUCGAUUUAAUAUUGAUU